GGCUUUGGAUUGGAAGCGUAACAAAACCGCGCCUCAGACUAUUUAACCUCGAGACUACUUUAGCGUUUUGUCCCGCACAACACACUUCCCCUUCUAUUCAUCCCAACCUUUAUCGAAUCAUAAUUUCAAGCUGUCUUUCCUGAACCUCAAACAUUGCCUCUAUCCACUUCGCCGUCAAUUCCAUUUCUUUCACCAUGGCCAUGUUGAAUCAAUCUUUGACGGGCAGAACAUCUGAUCCCAUCGACACACGCUCUUCCCAUCACGGAUCGAGUUUGGCUAUCACUAUGCCACCGCAAGAUCGCUCGAGAGAUGACCCCCCAUCUCCUCCCCCUCAACCUCCCCCUAGCCCAGCUCACUGGAGUCGUCUCGUCUCUAUUGACACACUGGCCCCACUUGACAUCUAAGUUCUGGCUCAGUAACGUCAGGUCGUAAACUGCGAUUCCUCACAUCAGCAUUUUCCAUAGGCAAUAAUCCGCACCACCUUUGGGUCGGCUUAUCGUACUAUGUGCAUCAGAC